AUGACGCAGACCGUGGCCCAAGAAUCGUUCAGCUUUACAGAGAUUCUGAGCUCAGAAUCCAUCUACUUAAUUCUCUUCGCCUGGCUCUUUGGUCAGAGUAUAUGGCAAUCGUUCUUUGGAGGAAUCAUCGCCCAUAAAUCUCUAACUCGUCAAAACUUUGCACUCUUGCAAUCACGCACAUUUCCCGUCUACUUUUCUACGGGAACUGCACUCUCGAGCGUGCUGCUCGGGAUUUGGGUGCACGCCAAUCAAUACGUGUUUCGUAACGAUGAGGGAAGACUUCUUCCCACCGCAUUUCUUCAACUCAAGGACCCGAGGGUCGCUCAAGUCUGGAUGCUUUUCGUUGUCGUGUUGAUGUCGUUGGCCAAUCGAGUUCAAAUUGGUCCAAAAACAAACCAAAUUGUUACUGCACGUCAACGGCUUGAACGUGCCGAGGGCAAGCCGUACUACGACCCAGGUGUAUCGCCACAAAUGCGUCAGCUGAACAGCCAGUUUGGCAAAUGGCAUGGUAUUUCGUCGUUGACCAAUUUGAUUGCCAUCCUAGCGUUGCUCUAUCACGGCCUCUGGUACGCUAGAUAUGGACUGCAGCCUCAGGUCCUGUAUCGAGACUUCUUCUAA